AUGUCACAGUCCCGUGAGGACGAAGAUCCCGAUAUGGCUAUUUCGUAUACAAGCCAGCCGCCGGCCGGCUCUCAAACUCUCCCUUCGUUCCGCGAGCUCCUCCCCGCUCACCUCCACGAUGAAAUCGAAUCUACAUCUGCAUACUACACCCCGCCACGCCAACAGGAGCGCCCCGGAUCAGGCCACGAGAUGGCCGAUCCCCGAUCAAUCCCAGGCUACAACUCGCACCCCUCAAAAAUGCCCUACGACGCACACCGAGAAUACACAGUCAGCCGCGGCGACCACACACGCCAUAUGGCCGACCCAGGCCACCACAUGCGGCUAUCGGAAAGCUCAACACGCGGACCUAGCCCGAUCCUCCCCCCAAUCCGCGACCUGGACUCCAUGCCGGGCCGAAACAUGAACACCCAGGGUGCUGUCAGCAGCGGCAGUGGUGGCAAAGGAUAUCCCGAGCGAGGUCCAGUUCCACCUCCACGCUCCGACCCCUUCGGCCAGGAGUAUCGCCAGCCUGGCGGGCCCGGGCCCAUGGCGGUGCCCUUGUCUGAUCGUCGCAGCGCAGAGCAUUACCAGCAAGCGAUGAUGCAUCCCGGGUCGCCGUAUGGGCAUCCGGCUAUGGGAUACUCCGACGAGGAGCAGAUAUCGCCGCAGAUGAUGGCUCAUGGGCAGCAGGCCAAUUUUGGUAUUAUGGGUGAUACUAUUGAUCCGAAGACGAAGCGCAGACGGGGGAACCUGCCGAAGCCUGUGACUGAUAUCCUGCGCGCUUGGUUCCAUGAGCAUCUUGAUCACCCUUAUCCUAGUGAGGAGGAUAAGCAGAUGUUCAUGACGAGGACGGGUCUUUCGAUUAGCCAGAUUAGUAACUGGUUUAUCAAUGCUCGGCGACGACAGCUGCCUGCGCUGCGGAAUCAAAUGCGCAGUGGCGAUGUUGACUCGUCGCGACAGUCUCCGUUCAGUGAUGCUGAUGGCUCUGAGCAACUUGCCUCGCCUCACCACUGA